AUGGAGUACCAAGCUGCCAUCAACCGUUAUGUUCGCAAAGGAGAUUGGUUUCUAUGGGUGAAUAUGCACAAAGCUAGUGUUUCUUUGCCUAUCUUCCAGUCGCUAGAGGCCUUCUACCCCGGAUUAUUGACUAUGAUUGGAGAAGUCGAGGAUGCUGCGAGAAUCAUGCUACAGUAUUCUCAAGUUGUUCGACAGUACGGUUUCCCACCCGAGUUUUACAAUAUCCAAAAUUCAGUGUCAGAAAAACGUACAGCCUUCCCACUGCGACCUGAGGUGGCGGAGAGUUUGAUGUACCUCUAUAGAGCUACGCAAGAUCCACAUUAUCUGGAGCUCGGAGCUCAACUGGUGGAUGUGAGUUUACUGACAUCUACGACAAGAAUUUUCUAUAGGGGCGGAGGAGCGGAGAUUGAAGGGGAAACGGGAAAAUGUAGUGCAGAAGGCUUUCAUCAUCUGAGUAAUACAGGAGCACAAUCUUUUCAUUUUCGUACGCUCGAAGAAGCUAUCGAACAUAGUGCAAAAACUCCUUGUGGCUAUGCGACUAUCAACAAUGUGAAUGACCAUUCCAUUGAAGACAGAAUGGAAUCAUUUUUCCUUGCGGAAACUACGAAAUAUCUGUAUUUAUUGUUUGACCCCAAUAAUUUUCUUCAUAAUGAUGGUAUCGAUGCUCGAAUAGUGGACACUCCCAAUGGGGAGUGUGUUAUUGAUGGUGGUUCACAAACACUUUUCAAGAUGAUAGUUUUAGCUGGCGGCUUCAUAUUCAAUACUGAAGCUCAUCCUAUUGACCCCGGAAUUGUACAUUGUUGUUCGGCGCAGCGACAAGCUGAAAGAGAGGCUGUACAAAAUUGGGAGGAUCAGUUUGAUUUGCUAUCCAUACUGGACCAUCGCGAAACCGUGGAGUCCCAUGAUUCACGAAAAGAAACAUUGCCCGAGUUUCUGGCAGGAUUGAAGGAGAUUCGCGAAGAUCCUGCCUUUUUUGAAAAUUUGAAAAAACGAAAGGAAGUACCUGGAUCUGAAGAUAUCGAAUAUGAGAUUGACGAGUCUUUCUUAGAAAACAAGACUAGUCCAGAUGAUCUUCACGCGGACAAAAAAGUCGUGGAUACAGUUGAACAAGACAAAGAGGUUGUGGAAAAACAUAAAGCCGAGGAGACAGAUGCUAGCUCUGAAGCAAAAGAUAAAGAAGGCUCUCCAGAAGGGGAAGAGAAGGUUUCAGACACGGAAAAGAUAGCUCCGGAAGCGGACGAGAAAAAAGUGGAAAGGAGAACAGGAGCGGAACAGGAGAUUCCACGAACACAAGAAGAAACUCCAAAAGCGGAAGUGAAGAUAUCGGAAGCGCCUGGAGCGGAACAAGUGGAGGAAGUUCACACUCCCACCAGGGUGGAAGGUGAGCCUGAGGCUGGAGCGGACUUAGCAUCGAAGAGCGAUCGGGGAGAGGAUCAAAAAGAAUCUAAUGAUACCGCUAUCACUGGCAGUGGCACCGAAAGCACUCAAAAAGAAGAGCAAGAAGCACAGAUCCCAGGUCCACUGAUAGUGUCGGAACCACGGAAAACAUCUGGAAGCCCCAAGCCACCAUUGCCACCUUUCCUAGCCUCCAUAGGUGCAACUAGAGCAUGGAAGCUAAAGAUGAAUCAGAAGGAUAUAUUGAAAAAG